AGACUAAAAAUAAUAUAAAAUGUCUAAAAAAUAGGCUUUGUACUUUCUUAGAAAUAUUAGAAAGUUUUUGCAGUGAGAAAAUAAACCACGGGCCUUCAUUCAGCUGUCUUUCUUCUUGCUUGGUAUUGUGUGGACUUUGAAAUCCCCCAUGGUGUUGCAACUUUCUCGUGAUUUUGUGACCUCAUGGAAUCAGCUGUGUGGAACGCUUUCACUCUCGUUUCAUGUCAGAAUCUCCCAGCUGGAAGAGAGCUCAAAGGAGAUCUUGAUCGACCUUUUCAAAGGACUGAGCUGAAUUUUGACUCCUGUUCACGGCGCGCGCCUGGCACAAACUUUGAUGUGAUGAAAGAAUCCAAAAGGCCAAAUCAUGUUUAAGUGGCAUUUUGAUGGCAUUUCUUUGGCCUGUUUAACCUUUGGUGAGUUUCAUUUUUCUUCUGCAUUACAUCUUAUCCAUGCAGACCCACUCCUCAUUCCCUUCAACACAAAACACUAUUUUAUGUCUCCUCACCAACACAGCCUUGGAGAUAGAUAAAGAAAACACACACACACACACACACACACACACACACACACACACACACACACACACACACACACACACACACACACACACACACACACACACAUCUAAAAAACACCAAAAUAUUGAGAUUUGCAGCUGCUACUUUGAUGUAUUGAGGAAAAGUUUUUUUUUCUUUAAAACAAAGUGAAAGCACAAAAAGUAAAUAUUUAACAUUCUGCCUCUUUUUGUAUAAUUUAAAAGAAUUCAUGUGGGCAAAUACAAGAUUCUCAUCAAAUAAAGGCUUCUCAGUGAGUGCAGACUCCCUAAUUUCACAAGAAAUGUUUAAGCAUGCAGACAUAAAUAGUGCUGCACUGCUUCAAAGGGACUCUGACGCUCUUUCACACUUACGGACAUGCAUGCACAAUAAGAAUGCCUCCUGAAAUAAUGAAGUUAGCACAAGGGCAUCAGUUUGUUUUCAGAAUUGCUGGGGACAAUAACCAUACACUGGAGUGGGGUUUAAAAAUUGCUGGGGACAAUAAAGUAGGCUAGCACAGGGGUUGGCACCCCGCGGCUCUGGAGCCGCGUGCGGCUCUUCCAUCCAUCUGAUGCGGCUCUCUGUGCUUGUAAAAUAAUGAAUGGAUAUUUAAAUAAAAUGCUUUAUAUUUUACUGCAUAAAUUUUACAUCUGUAUGCUAAUUCUAAAUGUAAAGAUUGUCUGCGUAAACCUGAACAGUUCCGACCCAGUCUACUGUGAGACCGGGUUGACGCGUCACGCUUGUGCUCGCAGCAUUUUAAAAAGAAACGUAUGACAAAAGGGGCACCUGCUCAGUAAAACCACCAACAGGGUGAAAAAUAUCAAAAUAUUGUAAGCAGAGACGGGCUACAACUUCUGGAUCCAUUUUAUAUAAAUCGUUUUAUUGAUUAUCGUCUUAUGAAAGAUAACUUUGACGUACACGAGCGACCAGGCGCGUUGCAAACUUUUCAAAAGUGUGGGGGAUAUUGUCUGUGCCUAAAAUAAGUUCAUGUUAUUCAUCUUGUUAGUUUAAUUUCCGUAAUAGCGGAGCAGGUGCGAAUUUUAGACGCGUCAUGCAUGUCUCCGUUUUAAACAUGUUUAAACUGUUUAGAAUACAAAUCCAGGCUCUUUCUCGUUAGAUUGGUGUAACUAAAGUUUGUACUAAAUGAAACUUUACAUUAAACCAUGUUGAAAAGAAAAGGAUCAGAUUAAAUCGUUUCCCCCUCAUUAACAGUCACGGAGUACAGCGCAGUGCGCGUGGCUCUGGGGUUAAUCAGGUUUAAUUGUUUCUCUUUCCAAGAAUCUUCACAAGAAGGCAAAACAGUUAAAUGGCAGGUUACAUAUAUUUACAUUUGACUGUUUAUUUUGACGGAUAAACUCAAGGAUGUUGGUUGUUUUGAAAGAAUUACCCCGACGCACACUGAUGCGCAUGGAUGAGCUGACAUUUUAGUACGCACAUCGCAGAGGUCACUUGAUUCCCAUCAGAACAUCAGAGCUUUAUACUGGACACUGUGUUCAGCGCGGCUCGGAGCGCCCACGGUGGACAGUGGGCUGAAGAUCUGUAGAGGGAUUCGCAGCGCAGUGCAGAACCACGGUGCAUGCGAUAAGAUUUCCUCCCACUCAAUCGGUCUGGAAACCCGGUCUCUCUGAGGGAUGUGUCACCUGGAAAAAUGUUCUUUUCAUGAAAUUAUGAAACUUUGACUGAAUAGCGCUUGUUCCCGUCUCUAAUAUGGAGACGCAUGACACAUCCAGUCUGAGGCAGAAUAGCCUCUUCAGCUCAGAAAGCACCUGUAGAGACAUUUGAUCACGCACAAAGUUUAUGUGGAGCAGAAGCGGUCGGGCCACGGUAGGUGAAACGUUCCUAGCCUACAUGAAGUGAAACUGUUUAAUUGUAACAUUAAUAUGUUACUGGACAUGCUGGUCUGGUUGGUUAGACCAGUGUUUGAAGUGGAAAACACACACACACACACACACACACACACACACACACACACACACACACACACACACACACACACACACACACACACACACACACACACACCAAUUAAAAUAAUGCUGAUAGCGUGGACUAGAGGACAGGUGAUGGUUUACGUAUUUAAAUGAUGAUCAGGCUGCUGUAAAAUGUAAUCUCCAUCCACAUCCAGACACAAUUAUCCUCUAUUCUUUCUCUAUUUGCUCUGCUCUUGUCUGGGAUGACGUAGCUAAUGGUGCGCGCGGCGCGCCUAACUAGCGGCUGUGAUGCACAUUUUACGCAUUUGGAGAGGUGGGCUGGAAGCUUUGCUUUUACUGGAAGAUGGUCCACUUAACGCACGGGUGUAGACUACAUGUUAAUGACAAAUGAAUGAAAAUUAAAUUGGGAGUUUUUACUUCAUAUUUUAUAAAUAAAAUUGGCUGGGGAACACAUUUAUGACGUCUUUUUAAACGAAAUUUUCUGGCGCGACCUGCCUGCUUCACUUAAGUCACUGCUUAUUAAGGUCCUUCCAAAAUUACCGUGGCCCACCCAAAAAUGAAAACCUGGCGCCGCGCCAGUUAUAAACCUCUGAAAAUGGUUGUUCUUCACUUUAUCAAACUCAGACUUUGUACAGCUAAUGUCAAGAUGUAAAAUUAUGAAUUCAGUUGAGCUCUUCCGUCCCUCCCUCUCCUGCUCUCCUGGAAACCCGACAUCGGCUGUCAGAAGCGGGAGGGGGAGAAGGAGAUGAGGCAAACAGAGUGAGUGCGACCUAAAGAAACCAGACUGGUGUGGAGGUUAGCAAACAGCUGGAAAAGUGUGGGUGUUGAAUCCCCCCAUGAGACCUGAGCUGGUAAAACAAAAAUCCUCAUCAGCAGGCUUUUUUGAAAGUGGGGGGGGACACAGCUGCCCAUCACAAAUUUUGCCGGGGACAUGUCCCCGGCGUCCCCGGUUAAAAUGACGCCUAUGAGUUAGCAUACACUGGCAAAUUUUUAGCUAAUCUUUCUGCAUCUAUUCAUAAAUAAAGCGCUAACAAGAUAUUUUCAUAAAGCAAAUGUGGAGCAGCUCUGAUGGCUGCAUUUACACUGACAGUGAUCACUAAUUAGAAGACCUUUUUUCCACACACUUUGAUUUUGUCAUCCUAACUUGUUUUUGCAAAGAGGUGUGUGAUAAAAAUAUGUACUUACGUCCACAGUUGUGCAAUAAUUCAGCAAGCUUCUAGUUCUGUUUUAAUGCAGAACAUUAAAAUAUUGUGACCCACAAAUGCAAAUCUAUGUUUUCACAUCUUCCAUUCAGCUGACAGAAUCGUUAGUCAUAAUGAUUUCAUGUGUUCCUUUUGACUUUAAUAAGUCAUUAUGAUCUAAUUUCAGACAAAAACUGUCUUUAAGCAAAAAAAAAAAAAGAAAAAAAAGAAAAGAAAAAAUAAUAAUGGUAUAAGACCUCUCAACCCUCAUCGCCCCUUUGUACUAGUGAACUGCUACAUUACCACUCAGAGGAUCCAAAUAAAACAUGACAUGUUUUAGUUUUCCAUGAUUGUUUGCCUCGGUGAUUGUCUGCAUGCUUCGCCAGACUCUACAAGAUACAGAAUCUCAAGCAAAAAGGACAAAACAGUCAUAGCAGAUAUUUGGCUUCUUCCUGUAGUUGCUGAGGUUUAAAGAGUUUAAGGAAUUUAAAACAAACAAACAAACUAACAAAAAACAACAGAAGACAUAUUUAGACCUUAUGUUAUCGUGGCUUAUAAUGCGCACGGUUCCUCAGCACAAAGUCGGACUACAAAUUUAAUGAGACAAAGUGUUCACAUUUGGGUUGUGAAAUUAAUAAUUUAAGGUAGAAACAUGAAUCCAAGAGAAAUGCUGGAUAUAUGUUUAAUAAGAUGUGUCUUAAGCCUGAGUUAUACUUCAGAAUCAGAAGGGUUUGAUCCUCAUAUGUGAAAACUAUAGGAAAUUUAUGCAGUACUUGGUGUGAAAGAAAGAAAAACAAGAGGUAAUCAAAUAUAAUAAAAUAAGAAUAUAAUCAUGAUAAAAUAAUAAUAUAAUGUAGCAAUAAUUAGAGAAGCGGGGAGAAAAUUUUUUUGAUUAGAUGCAGGAAGGUGUGACCUAGACUAAAACUGCUUAGGAAUGAGAUUUAAAGCUGCAUUAUACAGGGCUGCCAACUCUCACGCACUGAACGUGAGACACAUGCAUUUGACCCUCUUCACACGCUCUCACACCAAACCUCCAAUAUCUCACGCUAAGCCAGCACCUGCACUCCCCAAACACGCAUCACGCACAGUGUGUAGGGUCUAUGAAAAACAACAACAACAAAAAAAACAGAUGAUAUUAAUUAUAGCAUUAGCUACUGAACAACAUGCACACACACAACACUUAAGUAAUAAUUUGAAUGGCAUUAUUUCAAACACAGAAUCUCAUCUGAAUAAUCCAAGCCAUUGUGCUUUUUUGCACUCUGGUUGGGAGAUGGGCAGAGCGGUGAGCUCCACCUGCUGUUGAUGGGACGGGCAUGACCGCUUCUCAGUGGCGGCGCCACGGGGGUGCUAUAGCUACCCCUGGAUUAGUCAUUGCACCCCCAUAGCACCCCCAAGUAAAUAUUAGAUUUUAUUUUAUUUUUUACAAUUUUAUUUUAACUCAUUCACUGCCAUUGACGACUAAAGUCGUCAUUUGUAUUUUUUUACUGUUUGAGCAUCGGAACGAGCCCCCGCACUGAGAGAACAAACAUCUAAGCCCUGAAGCCGAUCUUCAUCCGCAUACGUCACAGAUCACAUGAUCAGAAAGCAACACAUCCAUGUGUUUGGAGAUCGUUUUGGGCCGUUCCUGUAAAAAAAAAGUGAGGCGUGAACCGGAAAAGCGUCUGCCGAUCACAAUUCGACAACUGAUUAUGAAAGAACGCAUAACGCUCGAAACACGCGGCUUCUUCCUGAUGUAAGAGGUGAGUCUCCUCUUUGUUUUGGUUGUUUUGGCAUCGACAUCAUGCUAGCGUGCAACGUUCUGUGACUCUUAAAAACACAGUAAAAACGGUGAGAAACGCUGGCAGCGAAGGCCGCUAGUGAUCAGGAAAUGGCUGGCAGUGAAUGAGUUGAUUUAACGUGUGGAUGAAGGGUGAGACAAAGAACGGUUCACAGGAUCUUUCAUGGAAGUAAAUUCAAAGAGUCGGAGCACCUGGCCCGGAGGGUUACCGGGGUCCCACCCUGGAGGCAGGCCUGGGGUUGGGGCCCGUGAGCGAGCGUCUGGUGGCCGGGCUUUCGCCCAUGGGGCCCGGCCGGGCCCAGCCCGAACCGGAUACAUGGGCUCAUCCAACUGUGGACCCACCACCCGCAGGAGGAACAUGAAGGGUCCGGUGCAAUGUGGAUCGGUUGGCAGACCAAGGCGGGAGCCUUGGCGGUCCGAUCCCCGGACAAGAAAACUGGUUUUUGGGACAUGGAACGCCACCUCGUUGGCGGGGAAGGAGCAGGAGCUUGUGGCAGAGGUUGAGCGGUACCGGCUAGAUAUAGUCGGACUCACCUCGACACAUAGCAUUGGCUCUGGAACCCAAGUCCUUGAGAGGGGUUGGACACUCUCCUUUGCUGGAGUUGCUCCGGGUGAGAGGCGGAGGGCUGGGGUUGGCUUUUUGUUAGCCCAAAGACUCUCUGCCUGUGUGUUGGGGUUUAUCCCGGGGGACGAGAGGGUAGCUUCCCUGCGCCUUUGGGUCAGGGAACGGGUCCUGACUGUUGUUUGUGCUUAUGGGCCAAAUAUCAGUUCAGAGUACCCACCCUUUUUGGAGUCCCUGGUACGAGUGCUAGAUAGUGCUCCAUCAGGGGACUCCAUUGUCCUGCUGGGGGACUUCAAUGCUCACGUGGGCAAUGACAGCUUGACCUGGAGGGGUGUGAUUGGGAGGAACGGCCCGCCUGAUCAGAAGCUGUUGAGGUAGUCAAAAAACUACACAGCGGUGGAGCCCCGGGGGCAGAUGAGGUUCGUCCUGGUAUCUCAAGGCUAUGGAUGUUGUAGGGCUGCCAUGGUUGACACGUCUCUGCAACAUUGUGUGGUGAUCGGGGGCAGUUCCUGUGGAGUGGCAGACCGGGGUGGUGGUCCCCAUCUUUAAGAAGGGUGACCUGAGGGUGUGUUCCAACUAUAGGGGGAUCACACUCCUCAGCCUCCCUGGAAAGGUCUACUCCAAGGUACUGGAGAGGAGGGUCCGAUUGAUAGUUGAAUCUCAGAUUGAGGAGGAGCAAUGUGGUUUUCGUCCUGGCCGUGGAACUGUGGACCAGCUCUAUACCCUUGCAAGGGUGAUGGAGGGGGUAUGGGUUUGCCCAACCAAUCCACAUGUGCUUUGUGGAUUUGGAGAAGGGUUAUGUCCGUGUCUCCAGGGGCACCCUGUGGGGGACGCUCCAGUAGUAUGGGGUGGGUGGCUUUCUGUUAAGGGCCAUUCAGUCCCUUUACCAGAGGAGCGGGAGUUUGGUCCGCAUAGCCGGUAGUAAAUCGGACCUGUUCCCAGUGAGGGUUCGACUCCGCCAGGGCUGCCCUUUGUCACCGGUUCUGUUCAUUACCUUAUCGGACAUAAUUUCUAGGUGCAGCCGUGGUGUGGAGUGUGUCGAAUUUGGUGGCAGGAGAAUCUCGUCUCUGCUUUUUGCGGAUGAUGUGGUCCUCCUAGCUUCAUCCAGCUCUGACCUUCAGCUCUUGCUGGGUAAGUUCACGGCCGAGUUUGAAGCGGCUGGGAUGAGGAUCAGCACCUCCAAAUCUGAGACCAUGGUUCUCGACCGGAAAAGGGUGGCUUACCAACUCCGGGUCGGGGGAGAGGUCCUACCUCAAGUGGAGGAGUUUAAGUAUCUCGGGGUCUUGUUCACGAGUGAGGGUAGGAGGGAUCGGGACAGGCGGAUUGGUUCAGCAUCUGCAGUGAUGCAGACGCUGAGCCGAUCUGUCGUGGUGAAGAGGGAGCUGAGCUAGAAAGCCAGGCUCUCGAUUUACCGGUCGAUCUACUUCCCAAUCCUCACCUAUGGUCAUGAGCUUUGGGUAAUGACCGAAAGAAUGAGAUUGCGGAUACAAGCGGCCGAAUUGAGUUUCCUCCGUAGGGUGGCCGGGCUCAGCCUUAGAGAUAGGGUGAGGAGCUCGGACAUUCGGGAGGGACUCGGAGUAGAACUGCUGCUCCUUUGGAUCGAAAGGAGCCAGUUGAGGUGGUUUGGGCAUCUGGUCAGGAUGCCUCCUGGACGCCUCCCCGGGGAGGUGUUUCGGGUAUGUCCUGCCGGCAGGAGGCCCCCGGGUCGAGCCAGGACACGUUGGAGAGGUUACAUCUCCAAUCUGUUCCGGGAACGCCUUGGGGUCCUGCCGGAGGAGCUGGUGGAGAAGGCCGGGGAGAGGACGAUCUGGAGUUGGGAUGCUGCCUCUGCGACCCGGGCCCGGAUAAGCGGAGGAAGACGAUGACGUGUGGAUGUGAUAAUAUUUAACAUACAAAACAAAAAUAAUCCGUGAAUUAUCAUAUAGAUAGUAAAAACUUAAACCAAAACAGGAAAUUGAUGCUAACCUUUGACCUCUUUUUCCACCUGCAAACGAGUGAAAGGUAGAGCUAGUAGUAAAAUGGAUCGGUUUUUGUUGCCCAAAUUUCCACAGGUUCAGUCAGAAACGAAUGAAUCUUUGGAAGUGAUCUCAGACCCACAAAAAUCUAUGGAUCUGGAUGAGGAGAGUCAAUCCUUAACCGCCACAGCAGAGGGUUUUGCCGCUGGAAAUACUUACACUAACGUUAGCUAACCUUGUCUCACUAUAGAUGGUUUUCUGUGUGGCUGUAUGCGUUUAUGAUUUCAUAGAAAAGUCAGUGAUUGUUCAUAUGUUUAUGAUGUAUAUUAAUGAUUGUUUCAGGUGUUGUUGAGGUUUUGUGCACGCAUGUGUAUCUGCUAGUGUUGAAGGUGUUUUAGAGAACAAUAGGUACGCAUGACCACUUCCUUCAUAGCACCCUCAAUAAAAAGAUUAGCUCCUUCAUAGCACCUGCAGAAAAAAAAAUUCUGGAGCUGCCACUGCCGCUUCUUUCUCCCAGAACCGUGAGCUGCGGCUGCGCGCACCGCCAAAAUGACAUGCUUUUUUCCGAAAUGCAGCUGCGUCGUCAGCCGGUGUUGACGGAGCUUCAGUCCCAAAUGUUUUUUUUUUUUUUGUUCUUGAUUUGUGGCAGUUAUGUGGUCACCGCUAAUGUUCAUGUUUGGAAAAUGCGCUACAAAUAGAGUAACUUCCGGGUCACAAGAUAAACAGUGCAGUUAGCAAAUCAUUGAUGUUUCCUGUUGCUGACUUGUACCUACCCUUUCCGGUUUCUUAAUUUCUUUGUGUUUUUCUUAAUUUCUUUGUCCAUCCAUCCAUCCAUUUUCAUCCGCUUAUCCGGAGUCAGGUCACGGGGGCAGUAGCCUAAGGUGAGAGGCCAGACUUCCGUCUCCCCAGCCACUUGGGCCAGCUCCUCCGGAGGAAUCCCAAGGCAUUCCCUCGCCAGGUGAGAGACAUUGUCCCUCCACCGUGUCCUGGGUCUACUUUUAGCUCUCCUCCCGGUUGGACGUGCCCUGAAAACCUCACCAGGGCGGCAUCCAUGAGGCAUCCUGACCAGAUGUCGAGCCACCUCAACUGGCUCCUCUCAAUGUGGAGGAACAGCGGGUCUACUCCGAGCCCCUCCCGUAUGACCGAGCUUCUCACCCUAUCUCUAAGGGAGAUCCCAGCCACUCUUCGGAGAAAACUCAUGUCGGCCGCUUGUGUCCGCAAUCUCGUUCUAUCAGUCACUACCCAAAGCUCAUGACCAUGGGUGAGGGUAGGAAUGUAGAUCGACCGGUAAACCGAGAGCUUCGCCUUCUGACUAAGCUCUCUCUUCACCACGACAGACUGGUACCACGACCACAUCACUGCAGAUGCAACACCAAUCGGCCUAUCGAUCUCACGCUCCAGUUUUCCCUCACUCGUGAACAAGACCCAGAGAUACUUAAACUCCUCCACUUGGGGCAGGACCUCAUCCCUGACCCGGAGAAGGCAUUCUACCCUUUUCCGAAUCAAGACCAUGGUCUUAGAUUUAGAGGAGCUGAUUCUCAUCCCAGCUGCUUCACACUUGGUUGUGAACCGCUACAGCGAAAGCUGAAGAUCACGUUCUGAUGAAGCUAACAGCACCACAUCAUCUGCAAAAAGCAGAGACCUGAUCCUCAGGCCACCAAAACGGAUGCCUUCCACACCUUGGCUAUGCCUAGAAAUCCUUUCCAUAAAGGUUAUGAACAGAAUCGGUGACAAAGGGCAGCCUUGGCGGAGUCCAACUCUCACUGGGAACGAGCCCGACUUACUGCCGGCAAUGUGGACCAAGCUCUGACACCGGUCAUACAGGGACCUAACAGCCCGUAUCAGAGGGCCUGGUACCCCAUACUCCUGGAGUACCCCCACAGGACCCCCGAGGGACGCGGUCAAACACCUUCUCCAAAUACACAAAGCACUUGUAGACUGGUUGGGCAAAUUCCCAUGCACCCUCCAGGAUCCCCCUAAGGGUAUAGAGCUGGUCCAGUGUUCCACGGCCAGGACAAAAACCACAUUGCUCCUCCUGAAUCUGAGGUUCAACAAUCCAAUGGACUCUCCUCUCCAGAACCCCUGAAUAGACCUUACCAGGAAGGCUCAGAAUCAGAAUAAGCUUUAUUGCCAGCUCUCCAGCGACCCAGAGCAUAGGAACUUGACUCCGCAUACACAACCUGACCAAGGUUAAACACACACACACAUGUUGACAAAAACAGGUACAGGCAGUCCACGAGAGCAGCCAGAACGGCGCUCAUUUCAUUAGAUGAAAAGGGUGUUACAUGAGGAUAAUUGGGGUAAGGUAAAAAAAAAAAGGCAUAGCAGAGUUAGUCCCAGCAGGGAGUAGCUCUACUAUACAAAAAACUCCUCAACAUUGAAGCACGCACAUCACAGUUACAAAACAUCAGACUCCGAUAG